AUGGACUACAACUCCCAGCAGUCCCGGCUGGCGGAAGUCAGCCCCGCCUCUUCCGCUCUGCCCGUGACGCACUUUUUGCCCUGUUGGAAGAUGUCAGCGACUGAAGAGCUGCCAGACAUGGAGGGGGCAGACCUGUUAGGACUGCUGUUCCAAGACGGAUCCACUUUGUUUUCAGAUGGGAAUGAACUCAUCGAAUCCUGGCUGUCUGAACAAGAUAUGCUGCCGGGCCUGGACACUGAAGACUUCCUGUCCAGUCUGCUGGAUGAGGACAUGGAUGCGGUGUCUCACUCUCCUCUGGGCAGUGACAGUGGUAUCUCUGACGACAGCAGCGGGGGGCACCCCUACUCUCAGCCCAGUCCAGUGCACUCGGAGCCUGGCCCCCUGACCCCCGCAGAGGUCAGCACAGAGAGUCCUGAGGCGCUGAUGGUGCAGUCAGAUCACUGCUACUCUCUGCAGCAGGGCGCUGAGCGCGACACGGACGAGCUGCAGAGCGUCCGCGCAGAGAAACUCGACACGGACGUCUUCAUUGAUUUUGACGACCUGGUGGCUGACGCUAUGGAGGAAGAGGAGGACGUCACCGAUGAGCUGCCCUGCACUCUGGACGUGGAUGACGUGGACAACAUGGCCGAUGAUGCACUGCUCCAACAGAACGAUCAGUUCCAGUUCAAAGAGAUCGUGCUCACAGAGGAGGAGAAGCGACUUCUGGCCAAAGAGGGCGCCACAAUCCCAGCACACAUGCCCCUCACAAAGGCCGAGGAGAGGACCCUGAAGAGAGUGAGGAGGAAGAUCCGCAACAAGCAGUCGGCCCAAGAGAGCCGCAAGAAGAAGAAGGUCUACGUGGACGGACUGGAAAACAGGGUUGCCAUUUGCACAGCACACAACCUGGAGCUGCAGAAGAAAGUCCAGAUGCUCCAGAAACAGAACAUCUCGUUGGUGGAGCAGCUGAAGAAGCUCCAGUCCAUGGUAAAGAUGUCUACACUGAAAGCCAGCACCACCAGCACUUGUGUUAUGGUAUUCCUAUUGUCCUUCUGCCUCAUCAUCUUCCCUUCUGUCAAUCCCUUCGGCAGCAAACCAGAACAACAAGAGCUGUACACCCCGUCCUCAGUCAUCUCCAGGACCUUACGCUCACUUCCUGCGGACAGCGAUACCGGGGCGUACUUCGAGCCUGAAGACGAAGAUUCGCUCGUCUUAGUAACGCCGGAGGUGGAAAACGUGAAGGCCUUAUUCGCUAGCGGCCAGAAGAACCACACUCCGGACUUCCAACACGUAGAGCAGCCAGACUCCGAGACGGGCGUCAACAGCAACUCAUCCACGGACUUCCCCAACUCCAAUCAGGCCCUGGACAUCAAACCGGGACAGGCAGGUGGCGGCGGGAGCACUGUACAGGAAGGGCCCGUAGAUAAAGUCUCUGCUUCUGCCGUGGCGUAUGAGGUUCAAGGCUCCAAAGAGAACUGGAUAGAGAAAAAUCCCCCAUCUGUCAUACUGCAACAACACCGCUCAGAUGAGAUGUAG